AUCCUUUGAAUAUGGCGGAACAAGUUCAAGAGUUUAAUAUUCGCAUGCCGACCAAGAACAAAAGGAAGAAAUACCAAAUCCUCAAAUUCAACGCCUCCUUGAAAAUCGACCCAGCAAAAUGGACUCAGCUGCGAAUGGUUCGAGAAAAUAACAAGAAAGAAUAUCGCGGUUUCGGCGAGGAAAUGCCCAAGGAAGGGGCAGGCUCAGAAUUUGGUCGAGAACAACGAGAAGAGGCCCGUCGUAAGAAGUAUGGCAUCAACGCCAAGAAGUACAACCCUGACGACCAACCCUGGCUCAUGAGAAUCGGAAGCAAGAAAGAGGGCAAACAAUACAAAGGGUUACGCGAAGGAGGCGUGUCUGAAAACGCGGCUUACUACGUAUUUACGCACUCCCAAGAUGGCUCUUUCGAAGCUCAUCCCGUUCACGAGUGGUACAAUUUCACACCCAGAGUCACGUACAAGACGUUGAACGCCGAAGAAGCCGAAGAAAAGUUUGCCGAACGCGGGAAAAUUCUCAAUCAUUUCGCUGUGAUGGUCAAUCGCAAGCUCCGACCAGGCCAAACCGAGGCCGAUGAGGAUAUCGAGGAUGAAGGAGGAAAGAAGGGCAAGAAAGGGGCAGCCGGUAAGAAGGACUUGAAGAUUUCCGACAUGGACGAUUGGGUCGAUUCUGAUGGGGCUUUGGAUUCCGAUUCGGAGAAAGAGAAGGAGAAAAGCGACGACGAAGACGGGAACAAAAAGAAAGCCAGGAGCAAGGACUCGAAGAAGAAGAACAAGAAGAAGGAGGAGGCCGACUCUGAAGGCUUCGAAGAUAGCGAUGAUGGGGACGGGGAAGGGCGCGAGGUGGACUACAUGUCAGAUGAGAGCUCGGCGAGUGAAGAGGAACUCCAAGAGCAAGCCAAUACGAAAGGGGUAGACCAAGAUGAAGGCUUGUCCAAAAUGUUGGAUUCGGACGAAUCGGACACGGAUGACGAGAAUAAGGAUAAAGACAAAGACAAGGAGGAAAACGAGGACGAAAAUGGCGAGAAGCCCAAGAAAAAGAAGAAAAAGAAGGCUGCCAAAGACGGCGACGGUUCCAAUGGAGAGGGCGAUUCUGAUGAUGAGAAAACCAAGAAAGGCAAGGGGAGCAAAGGCAACUCGCGUUCCACCACGCCUGCGCCCGAUCCCGACAGCAAGGAAUCGGAAGGCAAAAACUCUCGAGCCGAUAAACGCAAAGCUCUGGUGGACUCAAUGCUCGACCCUCGUGGAGACACGUCCAAGAAGUCCCGAAUGGACACUUUUGGCUCCUCGCAGAGUUCCUUGGGCAACGUGGAUGCGUCCAUCGAAGAGGACGUGCGUCGUUAUUUGGCUCGCAAACAGAUGACCACCACGGAGCUGUUGAAAAAGUUCAAGACCAAAAAGACCGGUCUGUCCAAAGAGGAACUCAUGCAGCAACUCGUGGAGGCCCUCCGGAAAAUCAACCCGCAAAAGAAGAAGGUCAAAGGUGUCAUGUAUCUCUUUUUGAAAAGCUAGAAUCUUGCAUCAGGUCGCUGGCCAACUAUUGUUUCAUUGCCCCCUCCCCCCCAAUUCCCAAUAAUAAACUUGAGUACGAGUCUGCCACAA